UGACAGACUCGUCGCUGCGUUAGGAAGAUUGUCACGUGUACCAAGGCCGAGGAUACUUGCUCCCGUCCCGCAGGUAUCGACAGUAUAUCUUCCAACAGACAACGGCGGUGCUGGCGAAGAUAUUGUCUUCGUAGGAGCGACGCGCAGCUUCGGAAACCAAUUAAACCAACUGUUUCUCCGCAAGAAACGUAUUUCCGUCUCUCGUAAACUGAAAUCGCGCGAUCUUCGAGUUUGGAUCUGCGAAUCUAACGAGAACCGAAGCGGUGCCGAAGUGCUGCCGAAGCGUGACUCUUUGAUCGUGAAACACUCGAAUUUGACGCGAGACUAUAAGAUGAUGCUAAUGCAGGAGCCCGGCUGGAAGCUGGAGCGUAAGGGCUCGGGGGCGCAGGUGUUGCGCAAGGACGGAUCUCACUUCAAGAGCAGCACCGCACGCGUGUGUUUUCGUUGCGACGUCGAAAUACGCGAGUUCGUGCCCGAUGAGGAUUACGGCGUGGAGAGCAUGGAAAUGGAAACGGCCGCAAGUCCCCUGGCGAUGCUGUCCAGUUGCGUGGCGGCGCUCUGCGUUACCAUCCUCUUGCCUUGGCUUCUGAUCGGGGGUUAAAUCGCUCCGCCUCUAUCGUCGAUCACGGCGGGACGUCGUCGCUCGAAAGGUUCGCAUCGGCAACAUCAUCCUUCGAUUGAUUUUCGACUACGAGUGUGCUACGGGUAUUGGUAUCCGUGUGCUCUUACGCUGCUGAGAAUAUCCCGAUAGUCGCUCACCGGUUACCAACAACCAUGGCUACCGAUGGUUGUGACGCAAAUUCUUGAGUCGGAUGUGCGCAAGGAGUUACGAUAUUAUUGUAACAUAAUAUCGCAGUAUCCAUAGUCAUUGAUACUGUAAUACUUUCGGGCAUUUUUUUGAUUGGAGGAAAGACUCGCUUCCCGUUCGAACAUUGUUCAUUUUAGAUGUCAUAAGGAAAGACAUCUAAAAUUGCAUGAGAUAAGAGUGUUGUGCACUUUUGCUCAAUCGAAGAAUCAGGAUAGAGAGAGUGGUAGGUUUCAUUGUUAUGGUUAUAAAUAGAAUUUGUAAUUGCAGAUUGAUACGACGAUCCAUAAGGUUAUUCUUAUCGAUUUUAUUUACUACAAAUUUUUGGAAUUUAUGACACAACACAAUUUGUUACGAGAUUUGAAUGCGUCGAGAAGAAUUCUGAGUUAAUGCAUGAUGGAGCAAGUAUUUACAACAGCGAGCUAGAGACUCGUUCGAAGAGUAGCAAGCACUGGAUAUUUUUUAGAAUAAGUUGUAGUAUUUAAUAAACGAGACAAGUGAUAUUGAUGUUUGGAUGUUAUAUCCAAGAUUUUCAAUGUUGUGAGUAACGAGAAUAUUUGACUGAUUUUUUUUUGUAAUUGUAUAGGUGAGCAAGAGUUAGUUGUAUGUGUAAGACGUACGUGUCGAUCUUGUAACGGUACAAAAUUCAACAUAAUUAUAUUUUGCUAGAUAUUACGUAAUCUAAAUUUUGUAAGCAUUUUAUAUCGAUUAAAUUAUCUACACAAUGAA